GGAAACUUAAACUUUAGGUAAUGAUUCACAAGAAUCGAUGAAACAAUUAGUCUUGUCUCUUCUUACUGUCUUCAGUUUCCGUCUUAAUUUUUUUUUUUUGUUUUCAUUCUAGUUGUCUACAUUUGUAUGCGAGAGUGACAUGAUCUCUUUACCGUCGAUUUCUCGUCGUCUUUCGCUAUCCUUCGUUUUACGAUUCUGGCCUGGAUGGGUCUUGUCUUAUCGGGUUUCUUCAAGAAAAUUCCGGACGAAAUCACGUCUUAUAGGAUCAUCGGUAUUGGGUUGGAUAACACAGAACGGCAUAAACUGGAGUAUGGGAUAAGGAUAAGUAACGAGCUUGCAAAGAUAUCAGGAAGAAAGAUGCUAGUGGAAGAGAAGGCGGGAAUGUGAGGAGAAUGAGGAGAAUGAGACAGAGCAACGCCCAUCCAGUAUAAGCAGACAGAAUGAAGACAAACUUAAAAAUGCUGGUUGUCAAUGACACAAAUACGGGCGAAUAGAACCGCAAACUGAAACGUAGAAUGAAACUUAUCUGUUUGUUUAUUUACGUCUGUCGGCUAUAGAAAAACAACAUGUCGUAGUGCAAUUUUCUUUCUCGUGUGAUUAUUUUUUUCGGCCGUCUCUAGGUUUGUCUCGUCUCCCUUCCUUUCUUUUUUUUAAGUGAGUAAUUUUUUAAUUCGUUAACUCUCCUUAUUCUCUAUUUGGGGAUGAAACCCCCUUUAUUGGCGAAUUUUCCCUAAAGUCACUUCGUUCUUAGAUUUCUCCCUUAAAGGUUGAAGAGUUUAAACUUGUGGGAAGCGAAGGGAAACCGACAUAUGCUUUCUCUUACCAUACCUGCCUGACCUGGUCAUUCAUGUUCAUACCUUUGAUCUGGUCAGACCUUGAUCGUAAUCAUCAGUCAUUCAACAAACUUUCUAGUUACAACACCAUUCAUGGAAAAAAAUAAAAGGGACGAAAUAUAAAAAUAGUUCAUUGAAAACUAGCUAAUAAAAGUGAACGUAUAUUCCUUGUCUUUCUCUUCGCAAUAUCCUUUUCUUUUACUCAUUUUUUGUUUAUUAGCAGCUUUCCAUUGCCAUUGGACCUGAUUUGUUGUUGAUCGAAUGCGUCCUUGGCUAUCCCUUCAUCCUCAUCCGCAUCAUCUUUUCCCCGUUUUUUCUUCGUACCCUACCGUUCUUCCGUUUCGUGCUUCUUUCAGCUCUUCCUCUUCCUCUCUUCCCUCCUCUUCUUCUCAUCAUGCAGAAUUUCGGGCUUUGAUGCGACGCUUUGCCCAACCCGUCGUCAUCCUUUCCAGCGGUUUUCCUAACGGUCAUCAAGCUGCCAUGACCGCUUCUUCUUUCACCCCCGUUUCUCUUUCACCGAAUCCUGUUGUCUCUUUCAAUCUUAAAAUUCCUUCCCGAACUGCUUCUGCCAUUGUCCAAUCCCGACGUGUUGUCGUCCACCUUCUUUCCAGCUCCAUCCUCCGUCACUCCCAAUGGGCCUCCAUCCUUUCCAAGCCGAAUCAUCCAACCGUUUUUCCUUCUCCCUCUCUUUCUUCUGUUCAAGAGGACAUAUCCAGCCCUCCUUCUCCCUCUUCUUCUACCGCAGAUACCCUUUCUCCAUCUGAAGUUUCCUUUAGUAAAGAAGGUGUUCCGCAUCUUUUGGAUAGUCUUGGUCUCUUACAUUGUUCCAUCCUUCACUCUAUACCUGUACAAGACCAUCUCUUGUUUGUCGCAAACGUUGAUCGUGUUGAGCAUGGUUCCAUACCCCUGGCACACUCUAGUGGUCUCGUCUACUACAAUCGACAAUAUUGUUCGGUCUCUUCUAUUUAAAUUAUUUUUACUCUAAACAAUCUAAUCAAGAUGACCGACUUUGAUACUGCAAAGCAUAACUCUUUCUCCCCUCUCGCUCUCUUUUUUGUUACGAUAUCGUUGUUUUUUUUUUCUUAUCAUUCAUUAUAUUCGUCUCAUGUCAUGGGUAUGAAUAUUUGCUCUCUAACAUGUUGUAAUCGAUAUAUAACUUAUGAAUUUUAUAAUUUCUUUUCUAUCAAUAAAACCUUUCUAUCCAAUUACUUUCCGAAUAAAGUUUCUUGAAAAGUCUACCAGUUGUUCAUAGCACAGUUGGAAUCCAUCAUCUCCUCCAUAGUAAGGGUCCUCCACAAUUUUGGAUACGCCUGCGCUGCCAUAAUCUCCAAACAAUGCAAUUUCCGGCUUGGCAUCACUUGGGCACACUCGUCUGAUAUUUUGCAAGUUGGAUCGAUCCAUUGCGAAAAUGUAGUCAAACUUUUUGAAAUCUGUCAACUUCAAUUUACGAGCCAAAUGAUCUGUUUGUAUUCCAUUUGCUAGCAGCACAUCGAUGGUACGAGGAUCAGGCCAGUUGCCAACGUGCCAUGCUCCUGUACCACAGCUGUCAAUUGUUUCAAAACGAUCGCUCACGCCCGCCUUAUUUACUUCGUCUCGAAAGACGGCCUCUGCCAUUGGGCUUCUACAGAUAUUGCCCAAGCAUACAAAAAGAACGGAAAUUUUUUGAGACAUUAUAAUCAACACUUGGUAAUCUUUCUAUGACGAUCACGUUUACUUGGAUAGUAGAACCAAAAGACAAGCAAAAAAGUUUUUUUUAAAGGAGUGUUUUAUAGAGAAACCUUUUUUCGUAGGGUGUAAAGAUUGAAUUCC